GCAAACAGUGCUGGUGAUCCUUGGUCCAGUUGGAAUGUUGGGAAGUCUGGGAACUGGGACAAUGGAAAUGCUGUUGACAGCUGGGCGACGAAGCCUGAAAGUACAGCUGGCCAGAGAAACAGUGCUUCAAAUAACUGGGAGGCAGGACCAGCAUUUGGUCAUCCACAGGCAUAUCAAGGACCAGCUGCUGAUGAUGAUGAUUGGGAUGAUGACUGGGAUGACCCAAAAUCAGCUUCACCAUCUUACCUUGGUUACAAAGAGACUGAGACAUCAGAGGCUGGGGGGGUCCAGCGUGGAAAUUCUCGUUCAGCUGCUAUGAAGUUACCACUUAACAAAUUUCCUGGAUUUGCAAAACCUGGGAUGGAACAGUAUCUGUUGUCAAAGCAGCUAGCAAAACCCAAAGAGAAAAUUCCCAUAAUAAUUGGUGAUUAUGGCCCAAUGUGGGUUUAUCCUACCUCUACAUUUGACUGUGUGGUGGCAGAUCCCAAAAAAGGUUCUAAAAUGUAUGGUCUCAAGAGCUACAUUGAAUAUCAGCUGACCUGCACUAACACUAAUCGGUCUGUCAACCACAGAUACAAGCACUUUGACUGGUUGUAUGAGCGUCUUCUUGUUAAAUUUGGAUUAGCCAUUCCAAUCCCAUCUCUUCCAGACAAGCAAGUAACAG